AUGCUCGUAUGCUUCCGCUUACAUUACACAGCCCGCCCAACUGAAUUCAACGAGCACGAUGUGUACCUAUGCGACUCAAAGUAUUUCGAAGACGAGAAGGUUAUUCGAAAAUUGAAAAAAGGUCUCAAGCGCUUUCAACUUUCCGCCGAGGCCUACGAGGAUGAAUUCUUUUUCUUCCUUCAACCAAUCUGUCCCCGAAAGGAAGCAUCUCCGCUUCUGGAUCAGGCCUCACCCGAGCCCCUGAGCCAAGAACAACUGAAUCGCCCAGCUUCGUCUGCAAUCACAUGUGUUGUGGCUGCUUCAGCCGGCAACAGCACCCCACAGCACGUUUUCCCAACUAGUUCGCCAGCUACAACUCCACAUUUACCUACAGACACUGUUGUCACGUCUAGGUUAAUGACCUCACCAAGUGGCCCUGCCGUCGGCGGUUCCGAUUCCACCUUCGGCAGGAACGCAACACCAAUGACCACUGUCAAACCGAAUGAACUGACCGAUGAAAGCAAGUUGAUGGAGCAUACCUCUGACAGAUCAAAGAAACGACGCAAGCUUCGCAAACCCCCAUCCGGGUAUGUCAUCUAUGCAGGAGAAGUUCGCAAGAGGCUGCUCCAAGAACGCCGAGAUGCACCAUUUGGUGAGAUAUCACGCGAAGUUGGCUUGUUGUGGCGACAAAUGCCUGCAUCACAGCGCGACUUCUACGAGCGAAAGGCUAAGUUAAUCAAGCGCAAAAUGGAGGAAGAGGAGAUGCGUGCCAAAGCCCGCGAGCAGGAGCUAGCACGAGCCCAACUGCAACAGCAGCUGGCCGCUGCGCCGUCAACUGUUAUGCCUACCAACGACCGGCAUCCGAGCCCAAUGGUUCAACCGUUUUCGACUGUCCCCACAUUGAUGGGCGCUCCAACCUCCGCGCAGCCUCACAUCGUCUCCUCAUCUACCAUGAGCCAGUCGCUGACGACGCCGCAUCAUUCUAUCGGCACUCCAGCCCCGUCACCAACGAUGCAGUUCUACCAGACACCAUCGGGACAAGUGAUACAAAUUGUGCACGCACCACAAUCAACUGUUGCGGGAAGUGCUUCCUCUGCUCCGGGUCAGCAAGCAGUCAGUAGUGGAUCGGGAACUUUCAGUCAAGCUGCUGCUUUUACGACAUUACCUGCGAUGUCCACUAGUUGUGCGGUACCAGGUGGAACACAUCAGGUUGUCUAUCAAUUGCCCGGUCAUCACCCAACUUCCGUUAUGCCUUCGGGUUCCAUGGGCUCUUCCACACCUCAGACGGCAUAUUACCAACAGCAACAUCAGCGUCUACUUGUGGCAUCCAACUCGGGUCAUGCUACCCAAGGAUCAGUUACGGCCGUCAUGGCCUCCGGGGCUCAUAUGCCUGCGACGAUUAUGUCGGGUGUCGCAUCGACUCCACAAGCACAAAUUUUACUCGCUUCCACUGGCUCACAUGCAGCAGCAAUGAGUACACACCCGAUGGCAACGCAUGCUAUGUCAUCAACUCACUCGAGUGUGCCGGUGCUUACCGCGGCGCCAAACGUGUCCUUGAUCAAUGCCGUGCAACCGUUGCAGCCGGGGGUUGCACACGAAUUUUCCCCACACCAUCAUCUUCAUCAUCCGCAAUUUCAAAUAGUCCAUCCAGCCUCUACUGCCAUACCGGGGCAUCCUGCGCAUAUAGCCUCAGCUGCCCAGGCACACGUUCCGCCAUCUAUUCAUGGAGCUCCUGGCCAACCUCAACAACACGGUCGACCUCCUUCACCUAUCUUUGUUUCCACUCCGCCUCGGACUUCACGUGUACUGCACUCUGAAGUCUAUCAACGGUACGUGAAGUUUCACGGUUUGUCUGCCGAUUUUUUCUCCGAUGGCUUGUUGAUCACAUAA